AUGUUAUUUUUGGUAAUGGAUAAAUAUUCAGAAGACGCUUUGAGGAAAGUAUAUCCGAGACUGAAUAUUGUCAUUUGGUUGGCACCUGUUCUUCAGAAAACAUUCCGGCCGUAUGACACAACCUACAUGAGCUUUUUUCUCAUGAGAACAAAUAUGAUUCAUGCUUUACAAAAACUCGGGAAACCAUUCUGGAUGCUGCAGGCUGACACAGUUUGGAGAGACAACUUUUUCAAUUUGAUCAGCACGGAUGAUUACAAAAAAAGUGACAUUCUUCUCGAUCAACAAGGGUACGAGGGAACUGCUCCGAUCAGAAAACGGACAAUGAAUGGAGCUAACUUCUAUGUUCCAGUCAAAUCAACAAGUCAAUCUCUGGUUGAAUCUUGGUUAUCAUGGCAGAAAAGUGUGUACAUCACUGAUCCAGAUCUUGUCAAAAUGUUCUGUCUACGAGGGGAUUAUUUGUGUGAUUUUAUUCCAUACAGUUUAGUAACAGGAUGGGAAUGGAUUUAUGGAGAUCAAAAGAACCCACCAAUAAUGAUUCAAAUGGAUGGAGAAACCGGAGGGAAUAAAGAGAAAGUUCUGGAAAAGUAUAAUUUUUGGUUUCUCGAUCGAAAUGAUAGAUGUAAACCCGAUAAAGUUUCGAAAGGAGUGAUGCAAAUGAAUGAGGGAACAGUGCCACGUGUCAUGACUCAAUCGAAGAAUCGAGAACAGUUUUAUUUGAAAUUAGGAGAGAUUUUGAAUCAAAUUCCUGUUUUUGGUCAUUAUUCAAGUAUUUAUGGAGGGUUGACAUCGCUUUAUUUACAGUUUUUCUAA